AUGGCGUCCCCUCGCAAGGAUGUCGACGAGGCUGAGGUCAUCAGUCCUUGUCGCUCUCGCGGCGACAUCGUCGACGUGACGCAGCUACGACCACAUCGCUCGCGCCUCCCGACAUUCUUCUACCUCCUCUCAUUUGCACCACCAUGUCCUGCAAUCUGGCGGGACCCACGCGGCUUCGUCACGCACCCUCUAGUCCUCUACUUUAUUGGCUUCGUCACUGCUCUGGCGGCGGGCGUAAGCAUGCCAUCCCUCGACCUCUUGUACGGCUACUGGACCAACGGCAUCACGCCCGGCACUUCCACGUCCAGCGGAAUUCUCGCUCGUAGUUCGCAGGUCGCAUGGAUCAUGACAGUUAUCGGUGUCGUCAGCCUGGGGCUCAAUUGGCUCUUUCUCACCUGCUUUGCUUCAGCCUCGCACAAUUUGACCGUCAGGCUGCGCCACACAUACGUCGCAUCCAUCAUUGUACAGGACCAGGCCUUCUUCGACGUCGUCGGACCUGGAGAGAUCGCCUCGCGCGCGAGCAAAGACGUCUCCACUGUACGCACCGCUCUGGGCGAGAAGAUGGCCUUCAUCAUCUGGGCGCUCGCCACGCUGGUUACGGGCCUCAUCUCUGCAUUCAUCAAUGCUCCACGCCUUGCCGGCGUCUUGUUCGCCCUCAUCCCAUUCACUGUCCUCGUCUUUGCCGUUCUUGGCUGGGCGACGGACCUUGUCAGCACGCCGGCCCUUGCCGUAGAGGGGAAAGCUGCCUCUCUCGUCGAGCAGACACUCUCCUCGGUCCGCAUCGUCCAGGCAUUCGGCAUGGCUCAGCACCUCAUCCGCCGUCUGAAUGAAGGGAUGCUGGAGCGCCUGGAGCGCCUCGGGCUGGGACGCUCCUUGAUUCGUGGAAUCGAGCAGUCUACUAUCUACACGAUCCUCAACCUCUCCUACUCGACCUCCUUCUGGUUCGGUAGUAUCCAGAUCGCCAGAGGAACCACGUCCGUUGGAGCAGUCCUCACCACCUUUUUCAACAUCCUCAAUGCCCUCUUCGCCCUAGCCAAUGCCGUGCCACACCUCGCCAUCCUCUUUGAAGGAUACGUGGCGCUAGGCUCGCUGCGUAAGCAAAUUGAGCGCGUACCAGUCAUCGACGUGCGCGACCAAUCCGGCCGCAAGGAGGCUGCCAAGCUAGACGCUCCCGCAUUCGAGCUGCACGACAUCACCUUCGCCUACCCCUCCCGCCCCUUUAGCAAGAGCCUGAACCAUGUCAGCGCAACCGUACAGCGAGGCCAGGUGACGGCCUUUGUCGGCCCUUCAGGAAGUGGCAAGACGACGAUUGCCAGCCUGCUGAUGCGCGAGUACGAUCCAGAGACGUGCAAUUGGCGCAACCCUGUCGACCCUCUGCCGGAGGUCGAGCAGCGCGAGGCCGACGAGGAGAAGAAGGCCGCGAAGAGGAAGAGGGGACGCCUGCCGCUCAUCAAGAGGGAAAAGAGCACAGAGUCAGGAGCGUCAUCAACAGGCGCAGAGAAGGGCGCAGGAAGCGCCGACCUCGAAGCCAAACGCUCACGCGUCGUAGGCUCAGGUCUAGUCACCUACCAAGGAGCAGACCUUCGCUCCUAUAACCUCCGCUGGCUCCGCUCUCAGGUAGCCGUGGUCUCGCAGCACCCGCAACUUUUCACCGCCAGCAUUUUUGAGAACGUCGCUGCCGGCCUACGCGAGGGCAUCUCACCAGACGAAGCACGUCCGCGCUGCAUCGAGGCGCUCAAGAAGGCCGAUGCGUGGCAUUUCGUCGAAAAGCUGCCGCAGGGGAUUGAUACGGUCGUUUCUGGUGGAAGGGUGGGAUUGCUUUCCGGCGGGCAGAGGCAAAGAGUCGCAAUCGCUCGUGCCCUUGUCAGGGAGCCGGAGGUCUUGAUUCUGGAUGAGGGGACAUCUGCGCUCGACUCGGCGACUGAGGAUAGGAUCAAGGUGAUGCUACAAGAGGAGCAGAAGAAGCGCGGCAUGACGCUUGUGCUCAUUGCGCAUCGCUUGUCAACCAUCAGGGAGGCGGACAAGAUUGUUGUCAUGGCGAAAGGGGAAGUUCGCGACCAGGGCACGUACGACGAGUUGAUGCGCGAGGAAAGAGACGAUCAGACCUUCCGCGAGAUGGCGCUUGCCCAGCAAGCUGCGGUGACUGAGGUGGACGACCCGUCCCCAAAGAGGCGCACGUCGGUCUCCACGCUAGCGACGUCGACUGCCAUCGAUGGGCGGGGAGAGGGGCGUCACGGCAGGGGUACGCUAGACGCACGAAAGCCGUCACUCACGUCGACAGCGUCUUCGUCAAAUCCGCUCAAGCGUCUCCCGUCUUCCUUCUCCGGACGAGGGGCAAGCCACCCAGAGCACACCGCCAAAGCUGUCGCAGCCGACGCACAAGCUAUUGCUGGCCCUUCCACCGCACAGGAUGCGGCCGGUAUCACUCGCGUCCUCUCAGCAAAGGAGCAAGAUGGUGCAGCAGCACAAGAGGAGGAGGCCCUCGGAGGCGACAAGAAAGAACCUGCCCCUCGACCACGAAUGCGGGCCCUCUUCCGAAUUUUGGCGCACCGCAAGUGGUUCUUCCUGGUCGGUAUCCUCGGCGCCAUCAUAGGCGGCGGCUCCUUUCCCGUCGCUGGCUACUUGACGGGCCGAGCGGUCGACAGCCUUAGCAUCGAAGGAAACAACAGAGAGCUGCGCAGACAGAGUGACGCCUGGGCGCUCUACUUCUUCAUCCUUGCCCUCGCCGAUCUAGUCAUCUUCCUGGUGAACGCCUUCUUCCUGGAGCUGGCCAGCGAGAGCGUGGUACGCAAGCUCAAAGUGGAUGGGCUGCGCGCUUUAUUGCGCCAGGAGAUCGGCUUCUUCGACCAGGAGGAGUCAGCCAGCGGCGCUCUCACGUCCGCCGUCUCCUCUCACCCCUCCAAUGUUGGAGCAGCCACCGGUCUCAUUCUUUCUCAGGUCAUCCUAAGCUUGACGAAUCUGCUCGGCUCCCUCAUACUUGGACUGGUGCUGAGCUGGAAGGCGACGCUGGUCUGCCUCGCUCCCGUCUUCGUACUCUUCGUCGCCGGCUUUGCAGAGGUGGCAGCGCUCGAGCGGUACGAGACUAUGGCGUCCAAGCCCUCUGGCAAGGCUGCGGCGUACAUCAGCGAGGUGAUGGAUGGAGUUCGUACGGUAUCAGCACUUGGCCGGGAGUCGGAGGUGAUGCGCACGUUUGACUCCGAGUCACGGUCGGACCCACAUCGUUACAAAUUUCUCGCUCUGGGAGCACUGGGCUUUGCGACGGGGCAGGCGAUGGUGCUCUUCUUGAGUGCGCUCGUCUUCUACUGGGGCGGCAAGCUGCUGAGCGAAGAUGAGCUGGGCAUCUCGCAGCUCUACGCUGUGUUCGAGGCGGUCAUUAUUGGAGCCUUCAGUGCUGGUAGGCUCUUCACGUACAUCGGCGAUUAUUCGAGAGCGUACUCAUCCUUUGGACAAAUUCAGGCUUGGCUCGUACGUAAGCCCAAGGUGGCUAUGAUCGAGCCAACCACAGUCACGAGCACCACGACAGAGAAGCAGUCGGAAUCCGAUGUGGCCACUUCCGCCACACGCGGGGACAUCGUCUUCUCUCGCGUAGAGAUGCGCUACCCACAACGUCCGCAGCACGCAGCGCUCCGCUCUCUGGACCUCACUAUCCAAAGCGGGACCAACGUAGCAUUCUGCGGUACAUCAGGCAGCGGCAAGUCCUCGAUCCUCUCGCUCAUCGAGCGCUUCUACGAUCCCACGCGCGGAACGAUUACCUUCGGUGGGGUGGACUCGCGCUCCAUGUCCAUCGAGAGCCUCCGAGCGGGCAUCGCAUACGUCUCGCAGGACCCGGUCUUGUUCGAGGGCCCGCUGAGGUGGAAUAUUGCGCUGGGAGCGCAAGACCCGACGAGCGUGAGCGAUGAAGCCAUUGAGAGCGCCUUGGAGCAGGCGUGCAUACUGGACUUUGUCCGCACUCUCCCGCAGGGCCUGGAGACGGAUAUUGGCAUGAAGGGGGCGCAAUUGAGUGGCGGUCAGAAGCAGAGGCUGUGCAUCGCCCGUGCUAUCCUGCGCGAUGCACCGCUGCUGUUGCUCGACGAGGCUACCAGUGCGCUCGAUGCCACGAGCGAGAAGAGCGUCCAACGGGCAUUGGACAGGGCGAGCGUGGGGAGAACAACGGUGACUAUUGCGCAUCGCCUCAGUACGAUUCGGAAUGCGGACGUGAUUCAUGUGGUCGAGGAGGGGGACAUCGUCGAAAGUGGGGGGCAUGAGGAGCUGCUUAAGCGCGGGGGAAGGUAUCGAGAUUUGGUUGCUGCUCAGCUCUGA